AUGUCCAGCGUGACACGAUGCAGCCGCUUCUAUCGGACGACUGGCCCCCAGCGGGGACAGGUGGUCCUCCUGGUGGUGCGAAUGUACCCCAAGAAGAAGAACCACACAAGGUGGAUCUACGUGAAGCCGGACCGCGCGCUCGGCGCGGGCGACAUCAAGGAUCGGGCGAAGAUGUCGAGUCGUCGACAGCCAGGCUGGGACUACGAGGCGUUCCCGACCCUCACAGCCAGCGAGACGACGGACAUCCUGGAGAAGGCCAAGGAGAAGCAGCUCGAGGCCGAGCUGUAUAUGUCCAACAUCCGCGGCUACGUUGCCUCAUUGUCCUGGUUUCGCUCUGGUCUGGUUGGCGUAUGGAGCACAUGGAACUGGGGGUCGACGGUGGGCGCCGCCUUCUUUUUCUGGAGGGCGGCGGUCUACUGCACCCUAUGGCAGUGGAUGCGCUGGUCAGUGGAGAAGCUCGAGGAUGGCCACAACAUGAUCCUCGAGAUCGACGACUUCCGAGGAUAUAUGCACGACCUGUACCAAGACGGCAAGCUCGAGAUUCCUAUCAUGAUCUUCACCGCUGUGGUGGCUCUCGGGCCAAGUCUCCUGCGUUGCUGCAGGCAGCGCCCCUCCCCUUUGCUCACGGGGGCUUCGCCUCCAGUGAGCGACGUGGACAGCGACGGGGAAGCGGGCCACUCGGUGGCGGGGUCGUCGGACGAGUCCGAGCCAGCCAAGGACAUGCAGGAGAUGAAGGCCAUGAUGAGCAGCUUGCUCGACGAGAUCACCAAAGCGAGGUCGGAGUCACCACGUGCCCCCACGAGUCGGAGUGCCUCGUCUGCCGCGUCCCCUGGAGAGAGCAGUCACGCCAGCCGGGAGAGAGUCCCCAGUGUCAACACGGACUCCAGCAUGGACAUGCAUGUGGACAGGAUGAUCGACCGGCUGAAGCGCUUCGAGGACACGAUCAAUGCGGACAAGGCCUCUCCUGGAUGCAAGCCUUUGCAGGGCGCUUCGUCCACGUCGGCCACGGCGGGAUCAACGACGUGCCCUACCAUCGCCCUGGGGACGAAGGAGACGCUGGAGGGCGCGGGGGCGAGCCUCGAGCCCUUGAGGGAGGCACUCCGGGACCCCAGGGAGCGGUUGCUGGCCAACCUCUCGAAGAUCGAUGCGCCGCCCACCUUCACCCUCCCAGCGGGCCUCACCUCCCGCGUGGCGCCCGAGCUGCUGGUCCAGACCUACGGGAAGUACGGCAGCAUGGUGAAGUUCGCGACGGACUGGGUUCGACUCAAGGAGUUGAAUCGCAACCACAUCGGCCACGAGAUGAUGCUGCACUGCAUGACGCUGGGCCGGGUGCUGGAGGCCUCGCCCGAGUUCAUCCAGACGGCGGGCUGCGAGAUCUUAUGCGCACGAGCUUAUGCUUUGAAGCGGGCGUUCAAGGUGCGCUGGGACCUCGCGAACGAGCUGGACUGGAGGUCCCUCACGGAGGGCGAGGAGGCGCUCCCAGGCGUGGAGCGCGACUUGACGGCCAGGCUGCAGCAGAAGGCUCUCUUCCAGAAGUAUCUGCAGCGACGCCAUGCCCGCUUUUCUCCAUCCACGCGCUUCUCCAUCGUCUACCUCGACGGCAGCCACAGGGCUACUUCGAGGAGGUUACUGGAGGCGUGGCUAGCUUGGGGCAGCCAGGUGGCCGCGAUCAAGGAAGACGAGGACGCCGCCCUUCGGCGCGUCAUGGCCGGUCGGGCCUCGCCAUACUCAGGCGAUGGGGCUACGGUUGCCCUGGGAAAGGAUUCAAAGGGAAGGGAGAUGCUACCAGAGGGCGCGAUGUGCUCCGUCGACGCGGAGGAACUGGCUCUUCCGCCGCCAGGGACCAUCCCUGCCAAGCUCGUGGACAUCUGCCCGCUGGCCGCCGAGUACUUCUCCGACGUUGCGGGGAGGAUGCUACGCGAGCCCAGCAAGGCCAUGGACGAGGAGCUGAAGGGCCAGAAGGUCUACCGAGAUCCGUCUCUUCGAUCGAGGGCGUCGCGUCUCCGCCUAGCCGAGAGGCUUUGGGAUGCGGGGAUGCUCGGGACCACCGACGAGCUGGUCGAGGGGGUCUCGCUUUUCGGGGUCAUCAAGAAGUACCUGCAGGAGGAGGGGGGCCCCCUCAGCCCCGCCAGGCGCCAGGCGCGCGCCAUCUGGGACCAGAGCCCCGCGACCUUUGCUCACGUGGACCUCUCCAACCUGGGCGAGAGGGACGUGGUCUACACUGGCGUGGGCGACAUCCCGGACAUGUUCUAUCGUUUGGAGACGCCGCCCGAUGUCUGGCCCUACUUUGUCUUGGAGAAGGUGCCAGUCCACGAGUUCGUCGAACGCAUGAGGACCAAGGGGCGGGACUGCGUCAUCCCCAAUGGCGGGCCCUUCCUGGCGCUGAAGGCCCUGGUCAUGGGCUGGUCGUGGGCCCCGUUCUUGGCCCACUCUACGCUGCAGGCCUGCAUGGCGCGCGGGCUCGGGGAGGACUCCGUCGGCGCGCGUCUGGUCUAUGGGGCUCCGACGCCUCAACUGACCGGGCCCGAGGGGUUCGAGUCGGUGAACUGGGCGCACAUGGACGACUACGGGGUCAUGGCCACGUCCGCCAGCGCGCAGCAGCCGGUGAGCGAGGUCGUGAGCGGGCUGACGGCCCGAGUCAAGCACUACUUGGGGCAGGUCGGGCUCCCCGUCCACAAGGAGACCGAAGGCGAGGGGCUCGAAUCGUUGGGGGCGGUCACCCGAGGCCGACCCUACUCCGUCUCGGCCGAGACCGAUCGCCGCUCCGGCCUGGCUCUGGUGACGCUGCGGCUGGCAGAUCGGACGUACUGGACCGCGGAUCUCCUCGAGCGCGUCGUGGGGUUGUGGGCGUGGGCGGCCAUCUUCCAGCGCACGGGCCUCGCCAUCUUCGACCAGGUGCGCCACGAGAUGAGACGUCCCGAGACCGCCAAGACGCCGUUCCGACUGACGGGCGCGGCGACGUGGGAGCUGACUACGAUGGCAUACUGCGCAACCCUCUUACGUACAGAUCUCGAAGCUCCGUGGCUCUCGCAGGUGUUCAUGACGGACUCCAGCGACACGGGCUACGGAGUGGCGGUCACCGACGCCUCGCUGGAGGAGAUCAGGAAGGACGCAUGUUACAGCGAGAUGAGGGGAUGGACGAUCGCCACCGAGGAUAUUUACACAGCCCAGGAGGAGGACGCUUGGGUCCCCCACGCUGGGGGGUGUGCCUACGACGUCGACGAGCUCGUCGAGGCGUCGACUGCACCGCCGCCGCGGGCAAGCCGGAGGGUCUACCGGGUGCUGUACCUCUUCGCGGGCAGGCGCCGGGAGGGGGAUCUGGAGGAGGCCAUCCACUCGCGGGCGGAGCGCGACGGCUUCGAGGUCGAGGUCUGGUCCAUCGACGCGGUGAUCAACCCGAAGCACGACCUCACCAACGACGAGUUCGUCAGCCUGAUCCUGAGCCUGGCGCGCGACGGGUACUUCCACGCAGUAAUCGCCUCGCCCCCAUGUUCCACUUGGAGUCGGGCUCGCUUCCUGGGGAAGGGGCCCAUGCCCUUACGGACGCGCCUCGAGCCUCGGGGGAGGAGCGACAUGUCAUUCACAGCCUUCGAGCGCCUCCGCCUGGACCUAGGGUCGCGCCUUUUGCUGUCGGCCAUGCAGGCGGUCCGCGAGGUAUGUCGAGCUGGAGGCCUGGGCUUGAUGGAGCACCCUGCGGACCCAGAGGAGGACCCAUACCCGACAAUCUGGAACCUACCCGAGAUGGCAUGCCUCCUCGAGGAGACGGGCGGGAAGAUCCAUCGGAUCGACCAAAGCCGCUACGGAGCCCCGUCGAUGAAGCCGACCAUGCUUGGCAUCGUCGGGCUCUACGACGACGCACUGGACCUCGCCGCGGAUCGUCUCCGCUUGAGGUGCAACCACCGAGGGAGGCAUCAGGCAGUACUCCAGGGACGGGUGGAGCGAGGCCGUCCCGAUUUCUGCACCGCUUCCGCCCAGGCGAACCAGCCGCCGCUGCGCGCCGCGCUGGCGGAGGUGAUCAUCGAGGCGUUCGCCCGCAUGACGAAAGAGAUGAGGGGCCCCGAUCCGACGGGCUCGCGUGUGUCUCCAUCCACCUCGUCCUUCGGCCCACCGAGGUCACGAUCUACGCGACCUGGGCCGCGCAUGUACGGGAUACGCUGGUGGGUAGCCGCCAUGGUAUUGGAGGCUGUCCACCCUGUUGGAGCGGUUCGCCCGAAGCCUCCCAGAGCGGGGGGCGCCCCCCUGCAGAAGCGGGGGCCACGGGCGCGGGGGAACUACGAGAAGGAGCCGCGCCUGGGCAUCAGCGAGGGCGGCUUCACGAGGCUGCUUACCCAUUCCGUGGCGGACGUCACUGCGGCGCAGUGGGCCCCGAAGGUUCGAGACUUUCUUAGCCACUGUGUCGACGAGGGUUGGGAGCUGCGGUCCGCGAACGCCGUGGGCCACGCCCUGGCCGACUACAUGGACAUGAAGUGCUACAAGGACCGGCUCCGUCCUACGUGGGGGUCGAUCGUCUUGUUCGGGCUGCUGGCGAUUUGGCCUGAGCUGAGGAACCAGCUUCCUCUGGCCUUGCGAAGCCUGAAGAGUUGGCAGAGGCUGGUUAUCUCUGUGGAAGGGGGUCCUCUGCCUGAGGAAGCUGUCUUCGCCAUCACCAUCUACUUCUUCGAGGCGGGGCUCCUGAACGAAGCCAUCUGGACCCUCGUGCAGUGCGACGUCUACGGGCGGGGGCAGGACAUGGAGAUGCUGCGCGAGGCCGACGUCAUUUGGGAUGGCCGAUGCGUGGGCCUCCUGUUUGGCAUCUCGGCCAGAGGCGAGGAGGGCAAGACGGGCAGCAAUCAAGGGGUCGCCAUCCGCCGCGGCACGGUCGCGAGCCUCAUCCUGGUGCGGAGGCGGGGCAGGUGGAAGGCCCUGUCCAGCGUCCAACGGUACUCCAAGACGUUCGCCCUCACGCAGUUCCGCGCACAAAUGCCGAAGAAGGUGCUGGACGUGGGCCCCCGUGCGACCCCAGACCUGGCUGCCGAGAUACUCCGUGCGAUGGAGUCCCGCACCAACUACAGCAAGCAGCAGCAGCAGCAGCUGGUCGACGGCAUCAGGACGAAUCUGAAGACGAAGAAGGUGAAAGAUGUUGCCGCAGAGCUCUUGAUGCUGGGACCUGCCACAAAGCAGAAGCAGAAGACCACCACCAACAAGAAGUCCACCACCAAGGGUGACACAAGCUGCCCAGAGUCCGACGACCUCUACUCCGACGAGACGCGGGGAGAGGGAACUGGAUGGUGGACAGAUUGA